AUGUCGGCACCAAAGACCAUUCUCAUCUCCGUUGCCCUUUCCAUCGCAGCCACUGCAGCCGCAGCCGUUGCGGAUCAAGCCACUUGCCCCAAUGACUGGCUGCCCCAGACACGCCGUGGAGAAGUCAAAUGCUGCUACGGCAAUAUGGUCAUCGAGGACAAGGAUACCUUCUGCUGCGUCUAUGACAUGAAUCCCGUCACGACAAGCAGUGCGUCUGCGGCCACAGCCACCACGACCACCGACGACUACGGCAGUUGGUCAACGGCGGACGAGUGCUUCACCAAAAUCCCUUUCACUGCGAGCAACUACUCUGACCUGGUGUCCUCGGCUUCUUCUAAGAUCGUUGCGACUCGCACAACCGCUGUCACCACGGAGGCAAGCGCGACAAACACUGCCAUCAGCUCGGCCGCUACAGACGGAAGCUCAAGUGCGACCUCCUCUGGAGGCUCUCAGUCAAGCUCAGCUGCCGCGUCCACCACUAGCAAUGCCGGAUUGCCGAGAGCGACCGCUCAGGAUAUGGUUCUUGGUGGGGCCGCUGUUGUCGCUGGUCUCCUCGUGCUGUAA